UUGAACUGAAGGUUCGUUUUGAGCGCACCGUUUUUCUUGUGCCGUUUCUCUUACUCCGUUUUUCUUUCAUAUGCAUGAUCGAAAUCAUUAAUGCACAAAGAACAAUGCUAUGCGAACUAAUUUGUGUGCGAAUCAUUAUUAUGUCACAUUUGUUGGCAUCCCUAAAUGUACCUUAGCCUACUGAGUGAGAGGUAAGAUUUCUUAUUGACAAUGGCACAUUCAAUCUGUUAAAGAAGGAUAGAUGCACAUUUGGUAGAACAAAUGAAAGCACACAUUUCUUCUCAUUUAGAACUCGCUAUUCAAGAGCCGAAGAUCCGUUCAGCUCAUAGCUUGUUUCCACCUUACCAGUGCGGUGAACUGGUGAGCUGUGGAUCUUUUAAAAAGAGCUGUGAGCUGUCAGCUCACUUUAAAGAUUCGAUUCACUGGAACGGCUCAGGAGCGAAUUGCCCAUCUCUAUUCGAGACGGCAUUACUAGUUGAAUGCUGCUAGCGGACACAAGUGUUUUUUUUACCUGAAAUUAGAAAGUGAAAGAAAUUCCUAUUGAACAAAGUGGUGAAGCCUCGAGGAAUCUGGAGUUUGUUCUUUGGACCUUGGCUGGAAAGAUUAGUAUAGAGGGGUCACAUCUAGCAUCGUUUUAUUCCACUGCAGCAUCGCCUGUGCAUCACGUACCGGAAGAUAAACCACAUGCAAAGAAAAAGCAGCAAACAUUUGCCUGAAUAAGCGUGGAUGGGUUGCUGGUGUACUUUCCGUACGAGUACAUCUAUCCGGAACAGUACGCAUACAUGCUGGAGCUCAAGCGUACCUUCGAUGCCAAAGGCCACUGCCUACUGGAGAUGCCUUCAGGGACUGGUAAAACCACAACUCUUCUGUCACUGAUUGUUGCCUAUAUCAUGGAAUAUCCGCACAUUGUACGGAAACUGAUCUAUUGCUCACGUACCGUGCCGGAAAUUGAGAAGGUCAUUGCCGAAUUGAAACACCUGAUGAACUAUUAUGAAAAACAAACCGGUGUGAUGCCUAACAUCACGGGGCUGGUGUUGAGCUCCCGAAAAAAUAUGUGCAUUCAUUCAGAAGUCAGCAAAGAGCGAGAUGGAAAAAUUGUCGAUGCCAAGUGCUACGGCAUGACGGCCAGCUACGUUCGGGAUCGGGCCUCAACGGAUGACUCGGUGGCAGUGUGUCAGUAUUACGAAGGUUUCCAAGCGGAGGGAAAAGAAACCACACUGCCACCGGGCGUUUACUCGAUAGACGAUAUGAAAGACUUUGGGCGGGAGCGAAACUGGUGCCCGUAUUUCAUGUCUCGUUUCGCGAUUAAUCAAGCACAGGUGGUCGUUUACAGUUAUCACUAUUUACUGGAUCCGAAAAUAGCGGAAGUUGUUUCUAAGGAACUCGCGAAAGAAUCGGUUGUGGUCUGCGAUGAAGCUCACAAUAUUGACAAUGUUUGUGUCGACUCAAUGAGUGUUAAAAUAAAUCGAAGAUUGAUUGAAAAGAGCACUACCGGCAUUCACACGUUGGAGAAAUAUGUUUCAGAGAUGAAAGAGGACGACCGCCAGCGACUGAACGAUGAAUAUCUGAGGUUGGUGCAAGGAUUGAAAGAUGCUUCAUUUGCCCGUGAAACGGACAUGGUACUAGCGAACCCGGUUCUGCCAUCCGAGAUCCUUAAGGAAGUUGUUCCCGGAAAUAUCCGAAAUGCAGAUCAUUUUCUAAGCUUCCUGAAGAGGUUUAUCGAGUACAUCAAAUCACGGCUACGCGUUCAACACGUUGUUCAAGAAAGUCCUGCAGGGUUCCUCAAGGACGUACAGACGAAGGUCUGUAUCGAGCGAAAGCCUUUGCGUUUCUGCGCCGAACGCUUAUCCUCACUGCUACGAACAUUGGAAAUAACCGAUCUUACGGAGUUUGGCGCUUUGACGGUUAUCACCUCCUUUGCAACGCUUGUCUCCACUUAUACCAAGGGAUUUACGAUUAUCAUUGAGCCAUUCGAUGAUAAAACACCUACAGUAUCGAAUCCAAUCCUACACUUAAGCUGCAUGGACUCAUCCAUAGCGAUGAAGCCGAUUUUCCAGCGGUUUCAAAGUGUGGUUAUCACUUCCGGUACUUUGUCCCCUAUGGACAUGUAUCCGAAAAUUUUAGACUUUGAACCAGUGGUUAUGAGUUCCUUUACGAUGACACUGGCAAGACCGUGUCUGUUGCCAAUGAUUGUUUCCCGAGGAAAUGAUCAGGUUGCGAUUUCAUCGAAAUUCGAAACCCGAGAAGACACUGCGGUGACACGAAACUAUGGCCAACUGUUGGUAGAAACGGCAAAAACCGUCCCGGAUGGAGUUGUUUGCUUUUUCACAUCGUACCUAUACCUGGAAUCGGUAGUUGCCUCGUGGUACGAUCAGGGUAUCAUCGACACACUGCUACGGUACAAAUUGCUAUUUAUCGAAACGCAGGACAGCGCAGAGACUUCCUAUGCACUGAUGAACUACGUGAAAGCAUGCGAAUGUGGCCGUGGAGCCGUUCUAUUGGCCGUUGCUCGUGGACGCGUUUCGGAAGGUGUAGAUUUUGAUCAUCACUUAGGUAGGGCAGUACUGAUGUUUGGCAUUCCGUACGUCUACACGCAGUCUAGGAUACUGAAAGCUCGUCUAGAUUAUCUACGCGAUCAGUUUCAAAUAAGAGAAAACGAUUUUCUCACCUUCGAUGCCCUACGACAUGCGGCUCAGUGCGUUGGGCGGGCCAUUCGUGGUAAAACAGAUUACGGUAUUAUGAUAUUCGCUGAUAAACGCUUCUCACGGCAAGACAAACGAGGAAAGCUGCCCAAAUGGAUCCAGGAACAUUUGACGGAUAAUCACUGCAAUCUUAGUACGGAGGAAUCGAUGCAGCUCGCCAAACGUUGGCUCCGUCAAAUGGCACAACCCUUCACUCGAGAGGACCAGCUGGGAGUGUCACUUCUCACACUGGAACAGCUGCAGAAUACCGAAAAGGAGAAACUGGAGAAACAGGCUCAGGGAAAGAAGUGAUUCGGUUAUUAAAGAUAUUUAAUAAAACCCAUA